UAUUUCUCUUGCUGAAAUGUUGAACUACAGAAUAUACAGUCAUGUCAGCACAAGGAUAAGAAGAGAGAUGUCUGUUGUUCCAGAGAAGUACGUGUGAAGUGGCCGAGAUCAUGAGCUCUGUGAACAUCGAGUCGCAGACAUGCCCUCAGACGGAAGUGUCACCAAAGGUGUGGCGAAUAUUUGAGCACCUGUAUCAUGGAGUGACCAGUCUCUAUACCUGGGUCAGUAGGAUGGACAUUGACGGACUUGUGCUGGUCCACGAUAGCGAUCCCACUGGAUAUGUGAACUUCCUGCACAACACCUUGGUGGCAGAAACGGAGAGUCAGGGGGGACAACUCCCCACCAGCCUUAGUCAAGUCUCACACCAGCAGGAGGUCAUCCUCAGAGUCAUCGAGAGGCUUAGACGGAAGAAUGUAAACAACAUUCUUACACUUGGAUUUGGAGCUAUGUCUGACAACCCAAAGGCACACAUCAGUCAUAUGCCCAGCUUGGAAUACAGGUUCCCUAACAGUGCCUUCAACAGACUCCAGUACAGCCCCUGGAAGACACUGUUGUCUAGGUAG